CUUCCCCUCUAGUUGCUAGGCUCCGUGGUGCGAUCAGUACGCAUGCGCAAUGGAAUCUUAGCGGUGUCAUGGCGGCGGCCUAGCCUUGGGAGCGUCGCCUAGUAACGGCAAGGGAACACUUAGAAGCCAAAGAACGGAGUAGCCUCACGAUGUCUUCGGCCACGCAACAGGACAGGAGUAAAAACAAAGAAGAUACAUGGAAAUCUGAAGAGCUGAAUAGACACCUGAAGGCUUCCCAGCUGGAUGAAAAGAGGCACAAAGAAAGACGGCAACGCAGAAAUGAAGACCGAGAAGAACAUGUAGAAUCCAGGCAAAAGUACAAUGACAUGGAAAAGAAGGAGGAACAAAAGGAGCAUAGAACUAGAGAAAGAUAUGGGGAUAAAGACAUGGACACCAUCCAAAACCAUCAGAGAGAAAAAGACAAAGGGCGAGCCCAUGACAGAGACAAUACAAGGGAAAAGUACAGUGCGGAAGAGAUUAGAAAAUCACACAGUGUCUCUAAUGAUUAUGUAUCCGAGGGGGACAAAGCUAUGCGAAAGAGAAGGGAUGUGAGAGACAUUUCAGACAAAAGCAAGCAAGGGGACUAUGACAACGAAAAGAGAUUCCAGGAAGGUAGAGAAAAAGAAGAAAGAAGGCGUGAGAGAGGAUAUGAUAAGGACAGAGAGCAGAGACACAGAAAACACAGGGAAGAAUUCAAUAUAGAAGACCGGGAGAGAAGAAGAAGUGAACAUAAUCAUGCAGAAAGAUCUGCAGAAGAUACAGAACGUGAGAGAAGGAGGAAUGAAAGAAAACAUAAGGAAAGGUCAACAGAAGAUGUCGAUGAAGGUAGAAGAAAAAGUGAAAGGAAACAUAAAGAAGCAUCUUCAGAAGAUGUUGAUCAGGAGAGAAGAAAGAAUGAAAGGAAACAUGCGGAGAGAUCUUUGGAAGAUGCAGACAGGGAGCGAAGGAGGAGUGAACGAAAACAUAGGGACAGAUCUACAGAAUAUGCAGAUAGGGAGAGAUGCAAAGCUGAACAAAAACAUUUACAAAGGUCAACAGAAGAUGUAGAUGAGGAAAGAAGAAAACGAGAAAGGAAACAUAAGGAAGUAUCUUCAGAAAAUUUUGAUCGGGAAAGAAGAAGGGAAAGGAAACAUAGGGAAAAAUAUACAGAAGAUGCACACAAUGUAGAUAGGGAGAGAAGAAAAAGAGACGUGAAACAUAGGGAAGGAUCAAGGGAGGAUGUAGAGCGUGCUAAACUAAGGAGUGAACAGAAACCUUGGGAAAGGUCUCCAACGGAAGAGAGGCAUCAUGGCAGAAGUGAGGCUCAAUCCUUUGAGAACAGAAAGCCACCAUUAUCAAAGGAAAAAAUUAUGCAUGAGAGGGAAAGAAAGUACAGAGAAAGGGAAAACAGAGAAGGAUAUCCAGAUGAACAAAUACACCGAACUACUGAGGAAAGUGAAAAUGAAGGUUCUGCUGACCAAGGAUUCAGUACUAAAGCAGCAAAUGAAGAUUCCGCAAAUUACGAAGAGGAUUUUGAGGAUUACGGUGAAGAUUUUGAAAAUGACAGUGAUAAUGAGACUGUGGAGCCAGAGAGGAACCCUGAAAUUGAAGCCAUUCAGAGGGCUAUGAUGUUGGAGAAUGAGAAGAUUGCUUCAUUUCCUUCAGCUCCUAAACAGAAAGAAUGUGACGAGACUCCCAAACAGGAGGCAGUAGCUCCUCCUGUUAAAGAACCACACCGUGGAGUGUUCAUAGAUUUUGCGUCCGCUAAACAGCGACAAGUGAAUUGUCAAAUUGCUUCAAAACAAAAAAAACGCAGCACAGAAAUCCUUCGACUGAUUGACUUAGACUUUUCUGCUACGCUGUCCUUGUUGGACCUUCACCCUGUAAAAGAAUAUGAAAUGUACAUGCGAAAUUUUGGGAGAACAAACACUAAACAGGCCUACGUUCAGUGCAAUGAAGACAAUGUUGACAGGGAAGUACAAACUGAAGAAAUAGACAUUGAAGAACAGUGGACUCAGCAUCCAGGAGAGGGCACUGUUGUCUCCGGAGGGCACAAAAGUGAUGCUUCCGAGAAUUUGACGACCGCAGCAAAGAUUGACUCCCAAAGAUUAACAAGCUUUCUCCAGUCUGCCUGCCAGGUGAUUGCAGUUCUACUUGAAGAGGAUCGAGCUGAGAAACAGUCAGACUGGAAUGUCCAGUCCAAAGAGCCUUGCAUGUCCAUCAGUGAUGGCUGCUUCCAAUUAAACACCAGCCUCCCAUUUCUUCAAGCCCGGCAGGUGUACCAUUUACACUUCUCCCCAACCCAAAGGCAUAUGCUCCUUACACUACAUGGAUUAUGCAAGGAUCCCAGCAUUGUACGUCUGGACAACAGCUAUAUUAUCUGUGUGUGGAACGUAUGGGAACCCUCUACUCCUCAAAAAGUCCUCAUCUGUGAUGCAGAGGUAAAGUGCUGUUGUUUUAGCCCUGGCAGAGCAGCCCUAGUGUUUGCUGGAACAGUUGAUGGGUCAGUGGCAGUGUGGGAUCUACGGGAAGACCCCACUAUGCAUCAUACUAUGAAGAUCGCUGAUACAAACUGGACAUUUAGAUCUGCCACCUUUUCCACUGAUGGUGUUUUUACUCCGAUAACCCACAGAGGCUCGGUAAGGGCAAUAGAACCCGUGCCCAGUGCAGCUUAUAAAGAUCAUGGACUAUCACUGCUCUCUUCUCAGGAAGUCUCAGGGUUUUCCUUCCAGAUAGCCUCCCUGGAUGAAAGUGCACACCUUGUGCUAUGGGUGGUGGUGGAGCUUAGGAAAGUGGAUUUGGCAGGCUCACAGAAUGAUUUAGGUUUAAUACCCGGAGGGAAAAUAAAAUUGGUCCAUAGCUCCUCAAUACAUCUUGAUAGCAAUUUUUUCUCCAAAGAUGUCUUAUCCCUGGGGGUCCCCCAGACCCUGAAUAUAAAGUUUCUGCCUCAGGACUCCAAUCAUUUUGUUAUUGGAACAGAUAUUGGCAUUGUAGUACGAGGCACACGAUAUGGAUUAACAGAACCAUCAAAGCAGUAUCAGCCUCGACAUGGAAAGCUGACACCAUCCAAGGUCACGGCCAUCGACUUCUCACCUUUUGGCGCACCUGCAUUUCUGGCAGGGUGCUCUGAUGGGUGUAUAAGACUGCAUAGCCUGGGUGCAGAGUUUCCCAUCAUGCAGUGGAGCAACAGCACUGGCGGCCAAUCAGUCGCUGCGCUGCAAUGGUCACUAACAAGGCCCACUGUGUUCUUCGUUCUGGAUGCUGCUUUCUGCAUAUACAUUUGGGACCUGAUGAAGAAUGAUUUGCAACCCGUAGCCAAAGAGACCGCGCAGUUAGAUCAAAUACUGUGCAUGGCCACGCUGGGUGAACCAGAGAAGAACAAUGGCCUAACAGGACUGGCAUUGGCAAAGGCUUCUGGGAAAGUGGACAUCCAGUAUAUUAAGAAGAUAUGGGCUAAGUGCCAGACAGGGGAGAUGGAGAAGCUACAACUCCUUCUGCAUGAGAUAUUAUAGCAAAAAAUUUUAUAGUUUGCCAAGCAUACUUCAUGUGCAGUUCUGUGUAUGAUUCCAAACCAUGUGUUUGUUUGUUAGCUUUGUAAAUAUUUAAAUAUUUUUGGCAAUUCUUUAUGUUGUGCUGGCACUUAUGGAAGGAGCAUUGAGCUGAUAAAACCCAGCAGCUGUAGUAGGGGAUGCUGGUAGAUGUAGCAUAAAGCAACUGAUAGUGAUAGAUUAUAAGAAACACAGAAGGGUUUGAUGUGGCAGUUGGCUUGUUAUAAUGAGGUGGGGGGGGUGGUAUCCCAUCAGAACUCUGACCUCCCAAGUACCAUGGGGCAGAUUUUCUCACAUUUAGGUAUGUUCCCCUCAUUAUCAGGAACUUUGGGGAAAUCAUUGCCAAUAGACUCGCUAUAGAAUGGUGUAUAACAUUGCAUCCCAAAGGGGAGUGGGCCAUGGUGAUACUAUUUAAAGGGGAACUACCGCUAAAAUGAAAAUUUAAUAUAAGCUUCCUCAAGUUAAUCUUUCUAAAUACAAUGAAUUAAAAAUUCUGCACCAUUUCUGAUAUAAUC